AUGCCCAAUCUUGUGGUCGUCGUCCAAUUGCCCUUCGCAAGCAGUACUGCUAGAGAUUCGGCGUUGGAAAAGCUACGCACAAUCGCCAAAUUUGCGAAGGAUAAUGAGCCAGAAACCCUUAAGUACUUCAUCUCCGCAUCUCGAGGCGAGUCGGAAGAGAAUAAGCUGUUUGUGGUAGAAGAGUACACUUCGCAAGCGGCUUUCGAUGCGCACUUGGCUGUCGAGCCCGUGAAGGACAUGGUGGCAUGGCUAACGGCGAAUCCCAAGAAUAUUGACGGCGAAGCGACCGUAACAGUGUCCGAAAACUAUUCUUCCUUCACAAGACCUGAAAUAUUGAAGGCGACCGACCCCUGGAUCUGCUACGCUUCUAUCGAGUACAAGGAAGGGAAGCGAUCUGAAGCACUGGAGCCUUGGAAACAUGUCACUUCCGAAACAGAGAAGAAUGAAGCAGAAACACUGAGCUACAGUAUCUUGAAGGAUACGGGUCAUCCAGAAACGAUCAAGACGAUCGAGGUAUAUGCAAGCCAGGAAUACUUCAAAGAGGUGCAUGUUCCAAGCAAGGCUGUUCAGGAGAAUGCGAAGAAUUACGGAGACGAGAUUCGAGUUUCCCUCAAACACGCUUUCCUAAAGUAUCAGACAGGAUUCUUGGGCAGAUAG